GUGGCAGGGGAGCACGGCCUGGCGCCCGCGCAGCUGGCGCCGAUCGGCAGGCUGAAGCAGGUCCAGCGCUGCAAGCGGGUGGUCUUGGAGCGGGCCUCUUCGUAUGACGGCGCCAUUGUGUUGGUCAUGAUGCCGGAGGGCGAGCACGAGCGAGCCAGGCUCCCCGCCGUCCUAAAGCUCCAGCCCGCGGGCCUCGUGCGGGAGGACCUCCAGGCGCUGCGCGCCGUGCGGCGCGACCUCGGCCACGCGUGCCCCGAGUUCGUCGAUGCCGCGUACUGCGACGACCAGGGCGUGCUGCAGCUGGAGCUGACGGGCAGCAGGUGCUCUCUGCCGAGGUGUGUGGGCGAAUUCACGCACAUCAGGAGCUUCACAAAGCUGUACGAUGAAAUCUCCGGCGGCGAGGACAUCGGCGCCAGGGUCGGCUUUGCGUACAAGGUGGUCGACUGGCUGUUCGGCACGGUCAUGCCCAAGUACAACCUGGCCUCUCACAAGAUAGUGGCCGGCCGGCUGGACGGCUUCGAGCAGUUCGAGCACUUCAGCGCGCACGUGCUCGGUGACGCGCUGGGCUUUGGGCACCAGUACUUCGACGGCCACCCCCCGGAGAGGCCAGCGCUGGAGGCCGAGCGGGGCGGCUUGCUCUCGGACGGCACGAGCCACGCCGAGCUGCAGCGCAUGGUCGGCGACCUCACGGGCAGGUCCGGCGCCCGAGCGGCGGCGAUGGAGCUCAAGGACCCCUCGAAGGCAGGCGUGCAGGCCGCCGCCACCAGCAUCGCCGGGGCCCUCGCGGCUCAGCAGUGCCGCCUGUGGCAGGCCUUCCAGAGCUGGGACACCUCCAACGCCGGAGAGCUGCGGCCGGAGGAGUUCGCCACCGCGCUAGCCAGCCUUGGCCUCCGCGCAUCGCCCGACGCCGCCCGCGCGGUCUUCGAGGCCCUCGACCUGAAGGGCGACGGCCGCCUCUCCUGCUGGGAGCUGGUUCGGGGCCUGGCCACACUGCAGGGCGGCGGCGCCUCGGCGCCGAAGGCGGGCGCCGCGCAGCUGCAGCAGGAUGAGAAGGCAGUGGCGCGCGAAGCUCUGCAAGCGGCCAUGGCUGCGAAGCGCAGGAGCUCGGGCCAGCACAGCGUUGCGCGCCUGCGGUCCGCCGUCGCGGACGGCGAGCGCGCAGGCCUGGGGGAGGCGGAGCUGGACAGCGCCAGGAGGGCGCUGGCGGACGAGGCGCAGAAGGAGGAGGCGAGAGCCCGGCUGCGGGACGCCGCGGGGAGCCAGGACCAGGGUGGCCCCUCCGCAGCGGGCGGCGAAGCCCUGCGCCCGUGGUGCCUGCGCUGCCUGCCAGACUCCUGCUUCCACGUCCGCGCUCCCGACGCGAGGAUACCCAGGGCACACUGCGUCGUGAGGCCGCUGCUGAGAAACGUUGCCGGUGAUUACGUGCACGCCAUGUUCCAGGACGUGAUACGGGACGGCGACAUCAGCGACAGCGAGCAAAGCCAGAUGCUCUGGGCGAUUAUCAUCGGUGCCCAGAUUCAGGCCAGCGGAGCAGGGGACGCGACCAUAACGAUUCCAGCGGAGGUUCGGGCUGGAGAAGGGGCUCUGCGAGCCUACAUGCAAUCUCGCCGUGGGGAAAUCAAUGACUUUAUGAAGCUGGUGAAGCCACAGGGAUGGAUUCGGGCCCUUUCGGAGGAGCAUCAGGAGCACAAGCAGGGCUUCUUUGCCCGACCGCUGGGUGCACUGACAGAUAGGGUCAUUGCACUGAUCGGCUACGAUACUCGGAAGCACAGCUUCAGCGACUUCGACUCCGAAGAACUACUCAGUGCCUUCGAGAAGCCAGGUGAGCUGACGUUCCAUUGGGUUACAUCGGCUGUUCUGCGUUUUCUUGAGCCGCUUGCUCCAUCCAAGUACUUAUUCAGGUUGCGCUUGGCCGACCUCUGCAAGUUUUAUGGAGCCCAGAGCUCCAAGGACUUGAGCCGGUCGGAGUUCUGGUCGACCUUGUUGAAGGGCUUAUAUUUCGUGAUUGUCUGCCUUGUCUAUACCUCUCUUCUCGGCUUAGUGGCGUUCCUCCGUACGUUUUUGUAUUUGCGUGUAUUCUUGUGCGUAGGUAUGGGGAUACCACUGAUCGGCCAGGGCGCUUGCGCGGUGAAUCUUCUAGUGGAGAGGUGGACAGAGUGGAACCAUAGUAAUGCUUGGGUGGGCUGCCCCGAGGAGAGAUCGAGCUAUUUCCAAUUGCUUUCAGGCGCGCUGGCCCAGUUGAUCUUGGAGCUGCUCGUAUGGGUGGAGGUAGCGAUUCCUUGCACCACGUUCAUGGCUUCCUUCUGCAUUAUGUACAGGUCCUGGUGCCUCAAUCACGGUAUGAAGAGAAGAUUUGCGGUGCUCGUUGGUGCGUUGUUCACUGUACUCUUGGCUGGCACAGCCUGGAGCCCAGCCUGGCUGGUGUGGGUAUGGACCGCCGAUUCGAUGUCCGAGCUCAUUUUGAUCGACGACGUGCUGCGUUCGGUGCACGUACUUCUCAGGAGAGUCCUGGACUUCUGCUUCACGGUCCUGUUGGUAAACCUCCUGGGCAAGCUCAACGGUGCUAUGGACGAGAUUGUCCAGCCGAAGUUGCUCCUGGCGUCGUUGAGUCUCGGAGCGGAGCUGAGGCGCGGAGGCUCCCAUGCACGCGGAGGCUGA